CAGUAUUCGCUAUGGGAGUCGCAAUGGGGGAGGGGACUCCAAACGCUUUUACUAACCUAUGUGGGCCAUAAUAAUCCUGCUCUUGCUGCAUUGACUAUUGAGCAUCUUACGGGUACUGGCCAGCACACGGACCCGGUGGCUCAGGCGAGGGAUAUUCCGCGGGAAGCGCUUGACGCCACGCGGAAUGAAGCAAAGAAGGCUCUGCUUAAAAUACCUGACUCUCAAAAGCCACAAAAGGCUUUUACUACCAUUACUCAGGAACCUCGGGAGCCUUAUAUGCAAUUUAUUGACAGAUUAAAGCAAGCCUUAGAGCGCCAGAUAGAUAAUGUGGAAGCGCGGGGGCGGUGGCGGCAGCGAAAUGGCGGCGGCGGCGGCGGUCGGGCGCGCAGUGCCGGCGUGGCGGCGGCGGCUGCUGUGCCUCUGUGUGUGCGCCGCGCUGCUGCUGCCGGCGGCGCGGGGCCUCACCGAGGGGCUGUACUGCGGCCGCCGGGUGUGCUACGAGGUGCUGGGCGUCAGCCGGCAGGCCAGCAAGGCGGAGAUCGCCCGCGCCUACCGGCAGCUGGCCCGCAAGUACCACCCCGACCGCUACCGCGGGGAGCCGGCCGCGCUGGGCGGCGGCCCGCAGGCGGCACACGAGAAGUUCCUCCUCAUCGCCACCGCCUACGAGACGCUCAAGGUGAGAGAGCGGGGACCGCCGCCGCGGCCGGAGCCGCUCCGGAUGAAGAAAUGCGCAAAGAUUAUGACUACAUGUUGGAUCAUCCUGAAGAGUAUUACAGGCAUUAUUAUCACUACUACAGCAGGAGAUUGGCACCGAAAGUGGAUGUUAGAAUAG